UUCAAAUACUUCAAGCCCAUAUACACGCUUCUAAUAACUUCGAGUUAACAAAAUAUAAACUUAUUAAUGAACAAUAAUGGCGGUUAAAAAUUUUAAAAGUUUUUGCUUGAAUUACGUUUUAAAGAUUUAUAACAUUUAAAGAUGAGUUUUUAUCUUAUAAAACAAAUAUGUUAAAAAAUUCCUCUAGUAAUUCUUCCGAGAGAUGGUCGAAGGCAUCUAGCGAUAGCGAUGCCUCGUUUGUUUCGGGAUCUUCAUCUACUUCCCAUGGUGAGCAUCCAUUGGUUUAUCGUGCUAAUGAUGUUCAAGAUUUACUUGGUAACCUAGCUCAAAUUACUGGUGGUUAUGAUAGAAAAGGUUUUCUAUUUCUGACUAUAUUAAAAAAUGCUUGUCAGGAAGAAGCUAAAAUAGAAGAUGUUAAGAAAGUUAUUUUGUAUCUUGCUUCAACUAGAAGCUCUGAAGAAAAGCAGAAGGGAUUCAGUUUUUUAGUGUGUCUUAAACCUACACCACCGUUUGGAAAUGUUAAACCAAUAACUAAAUUAUUACAGGAUGGUUUCCCAUUUAAAAUAUUUGCUGUAUACAUAAUUAAACCUGAAAAGUACAAAGAAAAAAUAUUAUCGAGUUCAAUGGCAAGUUCUAAGUACAGAUUUGAGAUAAAUGUUGUUUCUAAAGAGAAUGUCUUUACUUUUAUUGCUCCUGAAGAGUUAACUGAAGAUUUAGGGGGUACAUAUAUAUAUCAGCAUAAUGAUUGGCUUUCUAUGAGAUUGGCUUUUGAAAAAUUUCUUUUUGAAACAUAUGCACUUUCAUCGAAACUUGAUGAUAUAAGGCGCAGUCUUCUCCAGGAUGACUAUGCCUUAACAGUAGACGGUGUUCGUGAGCAGAUACAACAUCAUCAAUAUGUGCGAAAAUGGAUUGAAAAAGCUCCUGUUGGCUUACUAGCUGAAGAAGGAAACAAUGUUAUUCAAAUUAUAAAGAAUUCAUGCAAAUGUCAAAAUGAAAACGAGAUGAAAGAUGAGUACAGAGAUGCUGUAACAAAGGUGCAUACAGUGUUAGGAGAACUAAAAGAUAAAAUAGUUUUGCUUAAAGAUCUUUGGAUCAAUCGCAGAACUCAACUCGAACAAAGGUUUCAAUUCAACCUUUUUAAACAAGAUGCUGAAAAGAUGCUUUCUUGGAUAAAUGAAAACAGAACAGAGUUUAUGAGUAACUACACAGAAAUUGGAGAUAAUACAGAAUAUGCAAAAGAACUUUGUGAAGAACACAAGCAAUUUGAAGACAAUUGUGUAGAUGUACAAGCAAAUAUCAAUGUGAUCCUUCAAGUUGCAAAUAAACUGCAUGACAUGCAAUUUUUUGAUGUUGAACUUAUAGAAAGACUUACUAAUAAACUAGAUUUGGAGUGGGAAAAACUUCAUAUGGCAGUUAAAAGACGAAGUAUAAUGCUUGCUGCAUCUGUUUCAUUCCAUAUGAAAAGUGAAGAAUAUUUGGAGAAAACUAAACUAUGGAAUGAUGAUCUAUUAUCAAUUGAGACACGCUCUAUAAGUAAUGAAAAUAUGUUAAACGAAAUAUUAGAACAUUAUAAUCGCCUUAAACAAAAUAUGCAAGAAUCUUAUGAUAAAGUUAGCUUAGAAGCUAAAUCAUUGCUGAGUGCUCUGCAACGUCCUCCUGCAAAUGAUACUCGUGAAGAAAAAGUUCGUUCACGCUUAUCUGACUAUACAGAAGCAGCAUCUCAUGUAAUGGAUGUUAUUGUUGAAAUGUAUGAACAAAAUAAACAGUUAAACAUUCAGUGGGAAAAAACACGUUGCAGAGUUCACCAAAAAUACAAAUUAUAUCUUUUUGGGGCUGACUGCGACAAGAUUUUGAAAUACCUAAAAGGUAAUGGAAAUAAUUUUUUGUCAAAAUACUCUUGGGUUGGAGAUGGGCUUGAGAUUGCAGAAGAGCUGUUGGCUGACCAAGAUGAGUUUGAAAAAUCUUUUCAGGAGACCUACUUAAAAGCUAAAAAACUACUGGAGACUGCUGUUCAUCUAGCAGAAAAAAAGGAAUGUGACCCACAAGAAAUUAAACAAAAAGCUUUGCAAAUUGAGACAGAAGUUAAAUUAUUUACAUCCAAAAUUAAAAAAAGAAGAGAGCUAUUAAAAAUGGCUGUCAGCUUUUAUAAAAACGCACAAAAGCUUACAAAAAUGACAGAAAAGCUUAAAGAAGAUAUGAAUUUGGAUGCUACAAGUGCAGAACCUCAAAACUUUGAUGAAAUGCUUGAAAAGCAUCGCCACGAAUGUGAGGCUACUCUCGAAAAGCUAUUAAGUACUGUACAAGAGGGAGAGAAUCUUAGUGCUGAACUUUUACAAGAAUCAAAGGUAACUGAUAAAGAUACUCGAACAUCAUGGUUCUCGACAGGUUUAAAUUCACCUGAACAGUCGAGGUUAGCUGUAGAAUUAUAUCUUAAAGAAUUGAAUUUAAACAGAAUGCAAUUGCAAAAACUAUGGAAGGGAAGGCAACAAAAAUUAGACUACUGGGUCAAAGUUAAACAUUAUGAACGCGAUACAAACUUGCUGUAUUUGGAUGUAAAAAAAUGGAAUUCUUCAUGGCAGAAAAAGGAACUUUCUAGUGAUUUUAAAAAAGCUUCAAGUAUGUUUGAAAGGUUUGAAAAUGAGUUUAAAGCUUUUAUUAAUCGUUUUCAUGUAUUGGUUUCAGAAGGAAAAGAAUUAGAAAAAGAAUUAGCUAGUUGUGGUGUUGUUGUAACAAUAGCAGUAUCUGAUACCGGAAAAGUUGACAGUGUAAAAUAUGUUUCAGAAGUUCUACGAAAACUUGUUUUAGAAUUUGAUUUUAUUAAAAAAAUUAAUACAAGUUUAAGAGUAAAAUAUGAGUUUACUUUAAAACAGAGAAAACUAGAAGCUGAUGCUAAAAAAGUUUCAGGUUGGAUUCGACAUGGAGAAAGUAUUUUAGAAGCAUCCCUUGAAGCAGGACAUUCUCUUUAUGAAGCUGAGGCUCUGUUGAGAGAAUAUGAAAGGUUCCAUGUUGCAAUAGAAACUACACGUCUUGGUGUUUUGGAUGUUUGCAAAAGCUCAGAAAUUUUAAUAAAGGAAGGUCAUCCUGAUCCUAUUUGUAUAAAAGCUAUCAUAGAUGAAGUUGAAUCAAAAUGGCAUUUUUUAAUGAAGCGUUCAGAAGAACGAAGAGCUGUUGUUUUUUCUUCUUAUAAUUUUUACAGGGCAACUGAUCAGGUGGCUAAGCUUCUUGAGAAGUUCAGUAAAGAUUGUAAGUCAGAUGAAGACCCUUGUUCAAAACUAUCUGAUUAUGACUUAAAACACAAAAAAGAAAAACUUGAAGCAUGCAUGAAAAAUACAGAGCCUGAAAGAAAGGCAGUUGAGGAGGGUUGUCUUAAAGUGAAAGAAUCUUCUGAAGAGUUCCUUAAAAAUGUCCUUCCUGCAUCUUCUGGAUUUCCACUAAUAGUUGAUGGUUCUAUUGGAAGGUUAGAAAUAAUUGUACAUGACUUGGUUGAACAAGUAAUAAGUCAAGAGACCUAUGUUCUUAAACAAUUGCAGUUGCGUAAAACUGUAGUUGCAGGAUGUGUGGAGUAUGUACUUUUUCAAGAAGAAGUUGAACAGGUUUUAGAAUUAAUAACAGAACAAGGAACAGUGGUUAGUGAAGGUUUCAAAGCAUUGGAUGAAGUUAUAAGCUCUGAAGGGGUGGAAAGUUCUCUGUAUGUUCAAAAACAAGAAGAGUAUCAAAAAAUAUUCGAAGAUAUUCAUAAAAAAGUGAAAGAUCUGUUGGAACAAGCAUCAUUGCUUAUAAAUAAAACUCACUUUCAUCGAACUAAUAUAAGUGACUUAGCAAAUGCUAUAAACAUGCGCUACAAAGAUCUUGCUUUACACAUGAAACAUUACAGAAAAUCUCUUGAAAUAAAGUUUGGUUAUUCUUUACCAGAGUUAGAGGAUGAAAGCGAAUGGCCAAGUUUGUCAUUACUGCGCGUUCAGUCUGCCGAGAUUUCGAACGUUACUCGCCGUGAUGUAUCGAACGAUAGUGGUAUACAUGAAAUGACCGAAGAAAAGCGCAGAUCUGUGAAAAGAAUUGAAUUUGUCAUAAAAGAAUUAAUUCAAACCGAAAAAGCUUAUGUAGACGAUUUAAGAUGCUGUAUCGAGAACUUUUUAUUACCUACGUACAACAACCCGCAAUUUCCAGAAAUGUUACAAGGUCAACAACACAUUAUAUUCGGUAAUAUUGAAAGAAUAUUUGAGUUUCACAGCAGUAUCUUCCUAAAGUGUCUAGAAAAAUAUGAACAUAGUCCGGAAAAUGUUGGUCAUGCUUUUAUUGAUUGGGAGGACAGUUUUCACAUGUACGUUGAUUUUUGUGCAAACAAGCCAGACUCAAACGCGCUGUUAAUAGAGCAUGGGGAGAACUUCUUUGAAGAUUUGCAAUUAAAAAGAGGCCUUGGAUUAUCACUAGCAGCUUAUUUAAUUAAGCCGGUUCAAAGAAUUACAAAGUAUCAACUUUUACUCAAAGAACUGGUGUCUUCGUGCGAUAGUGACGCAAAUUUGCAGCUCGGUUUGGAUGUAAUGUUAAACGUCCCAAGACGCGCAAAUGAUGCUAUGUACUUAUGCAUGAUUCGCGGAUUCGAUGAAGGAAGCUUGGAAAGUUUGGGAAAAAUUCUCCUUCAAGAUUCAUUUUCUGUUUGGGAUCCUAAGCAUAUAUUAAAGAAGGGAAAAGAUCGUCAUGUAUUUUUAUUUGAACAAGCGUUACUUUUCUGUAAAGAGGUAAAAGAUUCUAACGGCAAAUGCACAUUUACUUUUAAAUUUAAAAUGAAAACAAACGAGCUGGGUUUAACCGAGCAUGUGGCUGAAGAUAGUUCAAAGUUUGCCGUGUGGACUGGGCAGCCGCCAUUUACAGAGGAAAAAAGAAUCAUUAAAGCUGAAUCAAAUGUAGUUAAACUGAUGUGGGUAAGAGAAAUUAGAGAACUUAUGCAGCAAUUUCAGUUUGGCAUGUUGGUCCCACAAACGUCUUUUUAUCCACAGUCUCCUAAAAAAGGAAGUAAAAAUAGAAAAAGUACAAGUGUCGCUGAUAUGAGCAUGACGUCAGAUGGCGGUUGCAAUCGCUCUUCUGGAGACUUUGAUACUGCUACAAUAUGCAGCAGAACUUCUCUUGAAAAUUGCGCUCGAACUGAUAUUUUUAUUGUUACUGAUGAUUACAUCGCUAAAAGCUCACACGAAAUAUGUUUAACGCGUGGUCAACAUGUUGAAAUUUUAAGUCGCCCUCCAGGCAGCCGUAGCUGGCGUGUACGGACAUACGAUGAAGUAUUGGGACAAGAUAGUGAAGGAAUGGUUCCGUACAGUAUUUUACGUAAAGUCGAUGAAUCGCCUAUGAGAGGAAUCAGAAACUCAGUGGAAACUUUGAAUAGUCAAAGUAGUGAAGAUUCUUAUCAGCAAGAUAGUCCGAAAGGUUCCAUACAAUCUAUUUCGUCGGAUAGUAAAAAGAGAAAAAGUACAAAAUCGGAAUUCAUGUCAGGGACAUUAAAAAUGCGAACUUGGGCUCGUUCGUCUGGCAGAAAAUUAAAUGCAAAUAUACGUUCUUCGCAACCAAGUACUCCAACUCGUCAAAAAAAUAUCUCCGGCGGAGGAACGAAUAAAUUACAGGCGCUACUGGGGGCCCCUAAGAAAGAAAUUGAUUUGCUUAUAAGACCCAGCGACGGUACAUACGCCACGCUCGGUCGAUCAGCCUCACGAAAUACUGAGAGAGUGAAGUUUUUGUCAGCUUUAGAUCACGAUGAUCCAGGCUUCCAAGAAGGUGAUUAUGAUUCAGAAGACUCUGUUAAUGAUAUCUGUACAAACUUAAAUGGUUCAAUAAAAGAAGAUUCUGACGAAAGAGCGUCAACUAAAAGAAAUAAAAUAUUAACAGAAAUGAUUGAAACCGAAAAAGAAUACAUCAACGUAUUAGAAAUCGCUAACUUGACAAUUUUGCCAAGUAUGAACAAGCGAACGGAUGUUCCUGAUGACUUGCGUGGUAAAGAAAAGGUGAUAUUUGGAAAUAUUCCCAGUUUACUUUAUUUUCAUAAAAUGUUUGUUAAAGAAUUUGAACCGUGCAAUUCGGCGCCAGAAAAUGUUGCUUCCGUUUUUUUAAAGUUUGAAAAGGAGUUUGAGAUGUACAUACAAUACUGUGCAAACAAACCUCGAUCAGCGGCACUUGUUAGUGAUUAUUUGCAAAGUUUUUUUAACGAUAUUACAGAAAAAGAAAACACUAUUGGCUUAGAGGAUCUUCUUAUGCGACCUGUAGAAAGAAUAAUGAAAUAUCAUUCAAUGUUGAAAGAAUUCACAAAGUAUUCAUGGCGAUCGGGAAAGGAUACCAUACAAUUAGUAAAAGCAUUACACCAAAUGUACACCAUACUGAAAAAAGCUGAUGAUGUCAUGAAUGUGGGAAUGAUGAGUGGGUUCCCUGAUAAUUUGAAUAAUCAAGGACUUCUGUUGCUUCAAGAUACAGUUUUUGUUGCCGACGUUAAAGCCCAAGUAUUACCUGUUGAGAAAAGAGUGUUUUUAUUUGAAAAACAGUUAAUAUUUUGUGAACCUUUUGAAAGAAAACCAAAAUUACUUACGUAUAUUUAUAGACACUGUAUAAAGACGAAGAAUUUAGGUUUAAUGGCAAACUACGAUGAAGAUAUUUGCAAACUAGCUAUAUGGGGUAAACAAGAAAACGGUUCUUCUGAAAUUUAUGUUAUGACAACUAGAUCUCCUGCUUCAAAAAAACUGUGGCAUGAGUCUAUUCGAAAAAUUAUUGAAGAUCAAUAUGUCUGUGAUAAAGAUGAAAUACCUGCAGAUUUGGGUAAAGUUUUAAACAACUACAACAGAAUAUUCAAAACUUCUAACUUCGUACCAAACAUCUCUAACGAAAAUUUCGAUCAUUCUGUUGACGAACUUUGUCGCACCAAGAUAUCCGAAGAAAACAGUAGAGAUAAUGUUUACAAAACACCGGUAGCCACCUUGCAACACGUUAAAUUAAUUCCACUGGAUGAAGCUAAGUCGCUAGAUGAUCUUACAAAACCAUUUGCGCAUGAAAAAUAUAUUGUAUUGGAAACGCGAGAAAAACAAAACGCAGACGAAAUGAGCGUUAAAGAAAAAGAAAUAGUUUAUUUGGUAUCGAAACAAAAAAAAAAUAAUGAUUUUUUUAUGGUACAAAACACUUCAAAAGAACAGUCAGGUUUAGUUCCCAUUAAAAUUUUAAGAAAACUCGAAAAUGAAAACUUGCUUACUCCAAAUUCAAGCUAUGAUAAAGCAAAAAAAGAUUCGUCCAAGCGUUCAAAAACAUUUUCUUCUUCAACGUUGCUAAGAACUGCUUCUCUUCGUCGUAAGAAAAGAAAAGACAAAGAUAAAACCGGAAGUAUUUCAAACAUAAGCGAAAUAUCAUCUCCUAUUGUUAAUGAACCGAAACAGUCUAGUAGUGCGAACAGUAUCAAUUUCAGUAUUGAUUCUGAUUUAGAUGAACUUCAUAAUGUUCAAGCUGACAACAGUCUUGAUAUAACUACACAAAAUGUUAAUUCUAAACAAGCUCCUAUUAUAGAUAAUCCUUUAAAUGAUGUUAUAAUUAAAGCUGGUCUACCGCUAAAACUUUCAUGUAUAAUUAAUGCAGGGUCCCCUCCUUGUAUAACUUGGGGGUUUAAUGAAAAAACUGUAACUUCAAAUGACAGAUAUAAUAUAACAUGCACUAAUAAUUUAUGUACAUUUGAAAUAGCAACUUCUGAGCCAUGUGAUAGUGGUUGUUAUACGGUAACAGCCACCAAUCAUUUUGGCAGCACAUCUUGCUCAUGUAAUGUUCUUAUAAAAACUGAAAGCAAUCUAUCUUUAAUAUUUAAACCUAUAAUUAGGACGAAUACUUCGUCAUCAGUUAAUUUAGAAUGGAACCCUCCAGAAUAUAUAUUUGUUAAGUCUUACACAAUACAGCAAAUAAGUUCCGCUGAAUGGGAAACAGUUAUAACUGAGUGGCACGAUACUAUUGCAACGAUUAAUGGUCUUCAUUCUGAUCAUUCUUAUAUGUUUCGUAUUGUUGCUUAUUAUGACACUGAUAGUAUUAUAACAAGUGAACCUUCGGAUCCAAUUAAACUAUUUAAAGAAACAAAAUUAACUCACAAACCUUGCGAAAUAAAGUGGCUCGGAAAUAUUGAAGAACAUUAUCAAAUAUGUGGAGAACUUGGACGCGGUCGUUUUUCUGUUGUUAAAAGAUGUGUACGCAAAAAUACGAAAGAAGAGUUUGCCGCAAAAAUAUUUCGAAGGAGACUAAUUUCCAAAGAAACUGUUGAAAGUGAAGUCGCUGUAAUGCAAUCUUUAAAUCACCCUGGUGUUGUUAAAGUGUUUGAAAUAUAUGAGGCUCCAAAAAGCUUGAUCAUUAUUCAACAAAUGUUAUCAGGAGGUCGCUUGUUUGAUCAUAUUGUUGUGAUGGACAUGCUCACAGAGAAUCUCGCCAAGUUAUAUAUUAUACAAUUACUUAGGGCUGUCCAAUAUAUACAUAGUCUAUCGAUUGCUCACCUCGAUAUAAAACCGGAAAAUAUACUUUUGUCAGAUGGUCCUGAAAAUAAUAUUGUCUUAUCAGAUUUUGGUGACGCUAUUAGGUUACGGUCUGUACCUUAUCAGCAUGAAAUGAAUGGCAACCCAGAAUUUUUAGCUCCGGAAAUUAUUACAGGAAAAGCAGUGAGUUUAUUGACCGACAUGUGGAGUAUUGGUGUUGUUGUUUAUGUCCUUCUGAGUGGUGUGUCUCCAUUUUUUUCUGAUAACUCAACAAGACUUUGUGAAAAUAUUACACAACUCAGGUACAAAUUUCCAGGUGAUUUUUUUGGUGAUAUUUCUGAUGAAGCAAAAGAUUUUAUUGAAGACCUGUUAGUAGCUGAACAAUCUUUAAGACCAAAUGCCAAAAAGUGCUUAGAAUCCACUUGGCUAAUCACUGAUACUGUUAACAAUGAACUAUAUGAAAAAUCGAUUACAUUAUCACGCUUAGCAGCGUUUAACGCUAGAAGACAUUAUCAAUAUGAAAUCUCAAAUAAUAAGUUACCCGGAACACAAAAUAUAUCACCUUUAAAAAAAGAAUCGGGUAAUAAUAGAAGAUAACGAAUUAUUUGUAAAUAAGCUGUUUUGUUCUUAAUAUUACUUUUUAUUCCUUUUAUCAGCCUUGGUAUGUUUGUUGAAAUUGUUUUAAAUUUCUAAACAUUUAAUGCGUAUUUUUGAAAUUUUGUUGCUUUUCUCCCCAAUUUUUAAUUAAUUUGUAAUAUAAGAUUCUCUAUAAGUUUCUUUUGUAACUUUUUAUUUAUUUAUUUUUCCAUUCUUCGAUAUCCUGAUGUAAACCGUACACUAAACGGAAAAACGAAACAUUUUCUAAGUGUAACAUUUACCUUUAAAAUGAAAAUAAAAUAGUUUUUAAGA